UCGUCGGGUUUGUCUCUUCAGGAGGAGAACCGUCUCCUGCAGUCAGAACUGAGUCGUGUGGAGGAUCUGCUGGCCCACAGUCGAGCCGAGAGAGAUGAACUGGCCAUCAAAUACAGCGCCAUCAGUGAGAGGGUCAGACACACACACACACACACACACACACACUAGAGAGAGUAACACAACCAGUCAUAUGACACCUGACAGCUUUAAGAACACAUCACCUAACAAAAGGAAAUAAAGUGUGAUCAGUGUGUGUGUGUGUCUGUGUGUGGAUUCUCUUUUGUGUCUGUGUCACAGUAAGGUUGACUCGUCUCCGUGGUAACAUGGAGUGGAAUGAAGUGAAGUGGCAAGUUGCCAUGGAGACUGUAAACAGCGUCUGUGAUUUGGGGAGGCUUAGGAUCUGUGUGUGUGUGUGUGUGUGUGAGAAGACCAGAUUUCGUUUUUUACUGAUUGUUUUUGUACAGGCAUAUCACAGGGCAGCUCACAGGGGUCCUGACAUGAUUUCUGAUACACUUUCUGUUCUUUUCCCGUACAAUUUAUUUUCUAACGUGGUCUCAAAACAAAACUGAAAGCUCAUGCUUAAACUGUGAAAAUUUGGAGCAGGUGUUGCGUUUGGAGGGGGGUGAUAGGGGGAUGGACUCACCUGAGUCUCGCAGUCUGACGCAGCAGAAUGUGGAUCUGCGCAGACGCUUGGAUGAGGAGCAGGCGGCGUACAAACGCAAACUCACAGCGUAUCAGGAGGGACAACAGAGACAAGCUCAACUCGUACAGAAACUACAAGCCAAAGUUCUGCAGUAUAAGAAGAAGUGUGGAGAUCUUGAGCAGAUGCUGAUGGAGAAAUCAACUGAACUAGAGAAACACGAACUCACCGGUCGGUGUGAUUUCAGCAGUAACGGUCAUCGCAGGGAAGAAGAUGAACACAGCAGUGAUUUGGAGAGCGCCCUCAUCCGUCUGGAGGAGGAACAGCAGAGGAGCAGCGGCCUAUCCGCAGUCAACUCAAUGCUGCGCGAGCAGCUGGAACAGGCCGGACUGGCCAAUGAGGCGCUCAGUCAGGACAUCCGCAGACUCACUGCCGAUUGGACCAAAGCCAGAGAAGAGCUGGAGCAGAGAGAGUCUGAUUGGAGGAGAGAAGAGGAGUCUUUUCACAGUUACUUCACCAGCGAGCACAGUCGUCUGCUGUCGCUCUGGAGACAGGUGGUGGGCUUCCGCAGACACGUGUGUGAACUCAAGAGCGCCACCGAGAGGGAUCUGUCGAACAUGAGGAAGGAGCUUGUGUGCGCGUCUCAGAGCGCUCAGCUGCAGUGUGUGAGCGUGUGUUCGGCUCUGAGGAGUCGUGAGGACGGCUCAGCUCUGGUUCUGGAGAGAGAGACGGCUCAGAGACUGCAGCUGGAGCAGCAGCUGAGAGAGACGCUCACUGACAUGAUGUCAUUACAGAGCAAGAGUGAUUCAGACAGAGCCGGACUCAACACACGGCUUGCAGAUGCAGGGAGGGAUGUAGAGUGUCUCAAAGCUCGUAUAGAGGACCAGGAACAAGAAAUCAUAACACUCAAUAAUAAACUACAGGAUCAGAGCAGUCAUGAGGAAUCUGAAGUGAAUAUUCUGAAGACACACACAGCAGCGCUGCAGAGCACACUCAGAGACGUCACACAGAUGCUGUUUUCUGACUGUGAGCCUCCUGAUGGAAGCAUUGAAGAGGUUGUGUUGCCUCUCCUGCGCUCUUCAUCAACAUCAUCACACAUCAUCCCUGACACCUGUCUGUCUGCUCUCCGCUCAGCUCUGAAUAACAGACAACUCCAGCUCCAGGAGCUGCGAGAGCGUCUGCAGUCUGCGCAGUCAUCAGUCCAGCAGCUGCGCAGACAGCUGGGAGAGGCGGAGUCUGGCCAACAGCAUGCAGAGCUCCGUCUGCAGGCGCUUCAGGCGGAGAGAGAUGAGGCUCACAGAGAGAGAGAGACAGCUGUGAGAGAGAGAGACAGACUGAGAAAAGAGAGAGACACGCUGAGCAGUGUGAAGGACGGUGUGGAUAAAGCAGCACAGGGGGCGCAGACGCAGGUGCAGCAGCUGCAGCUGGAGGGUGAGAAACUGCAUCUUGCCGUGACGUCUGCGCAGAGAGAGAGAGACCAUGAGAGAGAAGAGAAAGACGCCAUCACACUGGAGAGAGACCGAGCCCGAGCCGAGACAGACAGAAUUCAGCAGCUGAGGGAGGGGUCAGAGACUCGCUCAUCUUCUCUUCGAGCUGAACUGUCUGCAGUGAGAGAAUCUCUCCAGCAGGUGAUGAUAGAGAGACAGCUGAUGGACACUGAGAACACACAACUGACAGAUGCGCUCAACAGGAGCGAGUCGAGCCGUGCUGAGAUCUCACUGUUGCUCAGUAAGCUUCAGUCUGAGGAGUCGUCACUCAGAGAUUCACUCGCUAAGAUGAGCAACAUCAACGAGAGCCUCGCACACGACAAAUCUGAUCUCAACAGCCUCAUCAUACAGCUGGAGGAGGACAAGAACGUCUUGGUGUGUCAGAGAAGAGAAGCUGAACAAGAGAAGCUGACCAUCAGAGAUGAACUUGUGCGCUCUGAGCAGAACAGACUCGAGCUGGAUUCUGUACGUCUCACUCUACACCAAUCACUGCAGGAGUCUGAGCUGGCCAGGGUGGGGUUGGAGGCGGAGCUUCAGACACUGCGGGCAGACAGAGGCAAAUUACAGGACAGUAUUUCACAGCAGCUGGUCGGGGAGGUGAGCGCUUUGGAGGCGGAGCUCGGUGCUGUCCGUGGUGAAGGGGACAGGCAGAGCACUGCUCUUGAGGAAGCAGGGCGUGGGCGGGCGGAGCUUGCACGAGAGAGGGCGGGGCUCUUGGUUCAGCUGAUGGCAUCGGAGAGAGAGAACGCUGCAUUUACCGAAGAGAUCGCUUCCUUUAGGUCAGAGAGAGAGGCUCUGGAGACGAGUCUGUUUGAGGUACAACAGCAAAUGAAUCAGAUUGAGUCUCGACGAGAAAAUCUGGAGUCAGAGAACCAGCAUCUGCGUCUGCGCACUGACACAUUAACAGCUGAGUUGAAGCAGUUGCGUGCUGACAGAGAGACAGUUUUGUCUCAGAGUGAGAGAGAGAAGGACAUGCUGAGAGAUGCACUGACGGCCGCUCAACAGGAAGCACAGCGAUCUCUGCGCAUGGCUCUCUCUGACCACCAGGAGGAGCUUGAGAGACUGACCAAACAGAAGGAGGCACUGCGCUGCAGUCUGGAGGCUGAACACCAGGUGGCGCUGCGACAGAUCCAAGAACAGCUGGAUGAGCAGAUAAACAAACUGGAGAAAGAGCGAGAUGAACUUCAGCAGGAGCUUCAGUCACUGCAGCGAGACAGAGAUCAGCGUCUUCUGCAGGCCGAGACCGACAAACAGCAGGCGCUGUCCAUGAAGGAGGCAGAGAAAGCGGUUCUAUCUGAGAGAGUGUGCUCCCUUCAGACAGAGCUGAGUACUGCAGUGCUUGAACUGGAGAGAAACAACCGAGACAUGAUUCUCCUCAAAGACCAGCAGCGGGUUGCAGUCGCAGCUCUAAACACAGAGCUGCAGGAACUGGACAGUCAGCUGCAGGACACAGUGAGUUCACAUGAGCGUGAGCUGCGCAGACUGCAGGAGAACUGCGCAGACCAGCAGAUUCGAGCAAACACAGCACUCAGAGAGUUUGAAGAAUGUCGUACACUGCUCUCCGCCAGCGAGGAGAGUCGAGACACCACAAAGCGAGAACUUUUGGAGAUGGAGAAGCGUUUGUGCCAAAUACGGGAUGCAGAGGAGGGGCAUAGACGAGAUGGGGUGGAGCUACGACGGUCCAUCAGUGAUGUCACCCAAGAGAAAGACGCUCUGAGCCAAUCAAACGUUCAGCUGAGAGAAGCACUGAGAGUGGCUGAGAGCGAGAGGAUCAGUGUGAAGCGUGUGUGUGAGGAGAGAGAGCAGAAAGUGUCACUGCUGGAGGAAAAUCUAGCAUCUGCGCAAAAGGAGGUGUCAGAUCUGCGCAGCUGUCUGCGUGAGGUGGAGAGAUCAAGACUGGAGGCGCGCAGAGAGCUGCAGGAACUGCGCAGGCAGGUGAAGGUUCUGGAUACUGAUCGAGAGCAGAUGGGACGGCAGGUGGCUGAGCUGCAGACGCGUCUGUCUGCGGAAGAUCAGAGAGAUGAGGAGAGAGCGAAAGAAAUUAUCACCCUCAAACUGAAACUCAGCGACACAGAAACGUCCAGAAAUGCUCUUCAGAAAGAUGUGGGUUCUCUCCAGAGGCGUCUGAGCGAGAGCGAAUCGUGCUGGCGCAGUCGGGAGCGAGAGUUAAUGUGUCAUCUACAGGAGGCUCGCGGCUGUGAAAAGAAGCUCCAGGACGAGGCGCGUAAUCUCGCCACGCGUGCGCAGACGGCCUCCGAUGCGUCUGUGCGGAUGCAGCUGCAGCUGAGCGAGGCGCAGGGUCGUCUGGCUGCGACCGAUGCGGAGCUGUCACGCGCAGAGGCGUCCCGCAGAGAUCUAGAGUUCCGGCUGUGCAGUCUGCAGUCGGCGCUUACGCGUACGCUAGGCAUUGGGACCAGGGGGCGGAGCAGCAGCAGAGGGCGGAGUCCGCUCGGCUCCUCCCCAUCCUCUCUGAUAUCUCUCUCCGGACGUAGGAGCGUGUCUCCACUGCGCUGCUCGCUGUCGCCAGCCAAAGAUGUGGCAGGUAACAUCACUCCUGAAAACACAGUUGUGCUGAGCCCGUUGUCUCCAGAGAGGACCGAUGCCCCGCUGCCCGUCGCCCCGCCUGAGCUCGACCCUGAAACUCUUCGGAGCGGCCUGAGAGACUUCCUGCAGGAGCUGCGAGACGCUCAGAGAGAACGAGAUGAGGCACGGGGUCAACUGGGGUCACUGCAGAGAGAGUUUCAGGAAGUGACAUCAGAGAGAGACUCCGCCCACCAGCGUGUCCUUCAGCUACACAAUACACUACAAGAGUGUCAAGAGGAUAAGCGUGUGCUGGAUGACAAACUGUCGACCACUCAAGCUCAGAUACAUCAGCAGGAAGAGCUGCAGCGGAGAGGAGAGAGAGACAGACGAGCAUUAAACGACAAAAUCAAAGAGCUGGAGAGAAUCUUACUGAACACAGAAGCUGAACGCAGGCGUGUGGAGGAGCAGUGCGGUAAACUGAGGGCCGGAGAGGCACGGAUGGAUGCGGAGCGGCGCCGGGUGCGUGAGGCGUUGGAGGCGGCUGAAGGGCGUGGCACACAGGUGGAGCUGGAGAGGCGGAGCUUAGAGGGAGAGCUGCAGAGACUGAGAUUGAGUCUGGCGGAGAGAGAGACGGAGAUCCAGUCUGCUAAUGAACGACAUGAGAACAUCAUCAAACAGGUGGCAGAGGGUGAAGGAAAUAUCUCGUCUCUUCAGAGAGAGGUGGACAGACUGACGCUCCUACUGUCGAAAGCUCAGGAGGCAGAGACGGUUCAGAAAGAACGAGCCCUCGCUCUCUCUCAGGACCUGCAGGAAGCCACGGCAGCUCACAGCGUCACUCAAGGGCGUCUGGCGGCGCUGCAGAAAACACUGGGUCAGACUGAGAAUGAACGCAGACAGCUGCAGGAGCGUGCAGACGGACUCAGAUCAUCCGUUUCUGAUGAGAAGCGUAACGCCACCGCUCUGAUGGAGCAAGCGCAGACACUGCAGUCAGAACUGAGUCAGAGUCAGCUGCGCAGAUCUGAACUGGAGACGGAGCUACAGAACACACAGGAGGCUCUGCGGCAGAGGUCUGACGGUCUGGCCGAAGCUCAGCGCGGUCUACAGGCGGCUCACGCAGAUAAAGUGUCUUUAGAAGAGCGUCUGCGCAGUUUGCAGAGAGCGGUAGCGUUGCUGGAGACAGAGAAGAGAGAUGUGGAGAGACAGGCCGUCCGCCUGGAGAAAGACAAAAGCGCGUUGAGGAACACACUGGAUAAGGUGGAGCGACAGAAGCUGCAGACGGAGGAGAGCAGCAUGCGUCUGUCUGCAGAGAAAGGACGACUGGAUCGCGCGCUCAAUGGCGCAGAACAAGAGCUGCAGGACACACAGAGACAGAUCGCACUGCUGCAGGAAGAGUUGUUUGGUGUUAAACAGAAGAUCACAGUGUGUCUGGCGCAGCUGGCUGAACUGGAGCAAACUCACAGCGCGAGCGCGCAGUCGGCCCGUCUGCGUGAGGAAGCACAGCGCGAGGCCGAGCGUCUGCGCAUCGGUCAGAGAGAGGCGGAGCGAGCGCUAGCGGCACGUGAGAGAGUUCACCGUCAGCGGGUCAAAGGUCUGGAGGAACAAGUGUCAACUCUGAAGGAACAAUUACAGCACGAGAUCAGACGCAGAACCCCGUUCAUAUCGCCCACAUCCACGGUCGGCUGAUCCCACGCUCACCUGUGACGUCACAGUGACCGCCGCGUCUUCAGGCUCACAGAAAUAUGAGCGUUAAUGAUCGUGACAUUUUUAACCUUACAGAGAAAUAAUUUUGAAGAAUGUUUGAUAUGAAUAAUGUUACCAUAAUCUUAAAUUCCCUAAACAAUGACCAAUAAUGAACAAAAAUAAUGUUACUUAAAGAUACAUUUUUACUUUUAAGUUUACAGACGAGAACACUUGACUGAAGUAAAUCUGUGUGUGUGUGUGUGCGUCUCUGACAAUAGUUCAAUUACUUAUAUUUCACCUCUUGUGAUUGUUUAGUUUUUUAUGAUACAAUAGCGAUACAUUUGAUUGAAGUAAACUGAAGUAAUCUUA